AUGAUGGCCACAGAACGUCUAGACGAGCUAGACGGCGUCUUUGACGACCACCCUUCCCUCUCCGCCUCGCUGGAGGACUUUGAAGAAAGCUCCGCUCCACGCACCCCGCUGUUCGGCGCCCUGCCCUCGCAGCACUCUGGCUUCCGGUCGCACGAUCUCUCUGAGAAGUCAGACGACGGUGGUGGCGGCGACAACGACCACGACCCCGCCGCGGGCAUCCUGGACGCUGCGUCGAACCUCAGUGACCCGUGGUCUCCGCCUGGUUUCAGCAAACGACUCUUCUUCCAUCAGAAGGACGAUCCCCUGCGCCACCGCAGCCCCGAGAGCACCUCUGCCAGCGCGUGGUACCGCCAUCGCCCUUUUAUGCACAACCAGCCCGAUCUGAAGCCCACGGUCGUCAACGACAGCCCCGCACGAUCGAGAGAUGUCAGCCCGCAGUACGAGGAUGCGCCAGAGAAGCCGCUGUCGCCCCAGCGCAUCGAAGGCGAUGCCGACGAUCUGGUGCUCCCAGCGAGCAUACCGCUGCCCGUGGGAACCGAUUCGCCCCUACAAGGCCGAUCGCCAAGCCCUGAUCCGAAGUCCAAGAAGGUAAAGGAGGAAGAUGUAGGUGAUGAUGGUGGUGGUAGGGGGAGCGGUGACGGCCAUGGUGGCGGCGAUACAGAAUGCGAAGACGAUGAUGGAAACGAACACACUGACAAGCAACAACCAGUACAUGGGUCGAUAACAAAUUAUAUCCGUUUCGCUGUGCGCGCAGAGGUACAACACCGAGAGCCAUUUGUCGCAUUCUUUAAUUUCGUUGGUAGAAAACUCGACGAUAUCACAAGGACCAAGUCGUCAACAAUAUUAUCUAUAAUUGUUCUCCUUCUCUCUAUCACAUUUUUGCGCGCCCUCUUCUUACCUCCACUGCCGCUGCACAUACCAGAUCUGGUGAAGCUAUCAGCUUUCGCGCGAUCCUUUGAACCUUUAAUCUACUACUCCGAGAAUGGCGUCCAGCAGAUUGGCUCCCUCCAGGAAACCGGCGUUGCGGUAUGGGAUCUGGGAGAGUCCGUCCGCGGCACCAACAUGACCAGCGCGCCCAUAAUCGUCCGAGAACUGGACGAGCUCUCGGAAUCUCUCAAGACCCUCUCCGUCGAGCUGACCAGGUUCUUCGCAAAUGUCGACUCGGACAUCGACUCCAUCCUCAUAGUCAUGGAAUGGGCUAAGCGCGAACUCGAGUCCCUCUCCCAGCAUCAGACGGGAUCGAUAUCGUCCGUCCUCUUCGAAAACUUCCACGCUUUCCUCUCCCGCAUGGGCGCGCUCGAGACCAUCCCUCUUCCCCCCGCGGGCAGCGCCAACACCAGCACCAGCACCAGCACCACCGCCAACACCACCCCCAAGAACAACGGCCUGCCCAUCCCCACCCGUCUCGGCUCCAUCGUCACCACACUCUUCGGCCCCACACGCUUCCAGAGAACACAGUCCACCCUCUCCUAUGCAUUCACAGAACUCGUGUCCGUCCUCGAAGAGGCCAUCAACACCGAACUCACCCACUCCACCGCUCUCUUCGCCCUCUUCGAAUCCAUAGACCGCCAGUUCCUCAACCUGCAGCGGACAGUGGUGCGCGAGUCCGACGCGCAGGAGCGCGCCGAGGGCGAGAUGCUCUCCUCGCUCUGGACGAGGGUGCUCGGCCCCAACGCCGCCGCGCUGAGGAAGUACGAGAAGAACAAGCGGCUGCUGGGCAGCGUCCGCCAGCGCACCGUCGCCAACAAGCACCUGCUCAUGGACCACCGUGGCAAACUGCUCGCUCUCAAGGUGAACCUCGAGGCGCUGCGGCGCAAGCUGGUCAGUCCGCUGCUGCGGCGGAACGACUCGUUGAAUCUGCCUCGUCCCGGGGCGCCGGUUGUGGGUGCUGGUGCUGGUGGUGCCGGUGCCGGCGGCGUUGGCAGUGGCGGUGCGAGCAAUGAGGGCGGUGUGGGCAGUUUGCCGCCGGCGAGCAGUAUGGAUGUUGUCGUGGAGGGGCAGAUCAGGGGCCUCGAGGGUGCGUAUACGUAUCUACGGACGGUGAGGGAGAGGCAGAAAUCGAAGUUGAUGGAGAUGGUGUAUGGGGCGGGGAGCAGGAGGAGCGGAGGGAAUAUUCUGGAUAGUAUUUCGGGGAAGGUGGAUGAGAUUGAAGGGCGGUAG